CUCUCAAAGUUAUUUUCUUCUCCUCCCAGUCUUCCUCCUCCAAAUCUUAGGAGAGGUCCUGUUGUGCCAUCUGAGAUAAGAUAUGUGGCUCCUGGCAGUAGAGGUCAUGCUGCUCAGCAUCUACACUUCGGCUCGUGCUGCUGAGGGAUGCAGUGGUUUUCAACACCUGGAGAAUGGGAGGACGUUUUUCCGUUACAGUGGACUGUUUGUGAUCUUCCGCUGUCAUCCUGGCUACAAGCUCCAUGGGUACAAAACCAACAGCUGUGUGUCUGGACACUGGUCCCGGGACCCACCAGUCUGUGUUGGCUCCGGCUGCUCCCACCCGGGGCCCCUGACCCACGGGACGAGCAGCAUGAAUGAAGAUGGCUCCUGGGCAGUAUUCAGCUGUAAUAGUGGUUUUCGGCUACUUGGGCCCUCAAUGUUAUAUUGUAAGGGCCACAACUGGAAUAGCACAAAGCCUGUAUGCAAAGAGUUCGACAUGAUGAGCUCAGUUUCAGGUGUCAGUGCAGAAAAGGCUGCCGCGGUCCUGAAGACCCAGCAACAAUCCCACUACGACACUGUGGCCAACACACACUCCAAAGAGGCAAACCUCAAGCUUGGCCUGGUUUUGUCUCAUACUCCACCGCAAAGGUCCAACAGUCAGAGGAUUAAAGAUACAAACCCAAAAGUCCACUUGCAGCAGCACGUUCAGUUUCCCAGUUUUAAAGUCAAAGGUGCAGCUCAUCGUGAGGCUCGACUUCAGGAGACAAAUGAAGCUCAAGGACUGGAAACAGGAACUGGGAUUCCUGGCACUGAGGCAACAGCUCCAGACGAGAAUUCAAAAAGAGAGGACGAAGUUACUCAAAUGUCUCCUGCUGGAUCAAAUCUGUCUACUACUGUCUCAUCUACCUCAUCAUUAGUGUCAGCAACAGAGCGACCACUAUCUUCACCACCAUCGAUUUCAACAGCCCAGACACCAACUGUCACUGGGCUCAAGCAUGCGUUCCCAACCGUGGUCCGAUUCGGUCGACCUGUCAGAUUCCAGGAGUAUGUGACUCCCUCUGCCGUGGUAACAAGCUCCUCAGAAACUGCAGGUGAAGACCAACAGGCUGUAACUGGCGUCCAGUAUCCUUUGUCAUUUGGCUCUGUAGUUAAAGAGGAGCCCAGAGAGACCUUAGCAUCCACGUCAUCUCCUGCUUCAUCGCCACUGUCCUUCUCGUCCCCUGCUCCAUCCUUGUCUGCCUCAACUUCCUCAAGUCCUGGCUCCACCACCCAGUCCAAUAUACAAAUGCCUAAUGUUACCUCCACCACCAACAUGUCAAGAUCCCAAAGGACCGAACUCCGUAACCUCCUGACGAACACCACCUCCACGCCACUUAUGCUGUUUCCGAGCGUCAGCCGACGACCCGUGUGCCCGUACCCACCUGUGCCCCCCCACGGGACCUUCUACUUCCGUAAUGUAGAGAAUCCUGGUCCCGGAGUGUACAGACAUUACAUACAGUACGCCUGCUAUCCCGGAUACACACUGGCUCAUGGAGAUGUGCACAGCUUCUGCCAGGAGGGGGCGACCUGGAGCGGAAUCACACCCGUUUGUUUGGAGUUGACGCCAUGUUCAGUGAACAACGGCGGCUGUUCCCAGCUGUGCUCUCACGCCCAUCACCUCAACCAGAGCUCCCACCAGACCCAGCUCAGAGCUCAGUGCCACUGCAGACCUGGAUUCACUCUGCUGGAUGACGGGCAAACAUGUCGGGAUUUAGAUGAGUGUGCAGAUGGGCAGCACCAGUGUCACCAAAGAUGCAUCAACACAUUCGGUUCUUUUAAGUGCGGCUGUGAUGAUGGCCAUGAGCCAGCUCCGGACCAGACCUCCUGCCUAGAUAUCGAUGAGUGUGCUGUUAAUCAGGGGCUCGGGCCUUGUAUGCAGCUGUGCCACAACUCACCAGGAUCCUACCGAUGCUCCUGCACGUAUGGACACAUCUUAUCUGGAGAUGGACACAGCUGCGUCCCUGAGUGUCCACCUGGAUACAGCAAGCAGCCAACAACACCUGAGAAUUCAACUGCACAAGCUCUUAAUGAGGGGUGUGUAGAUAUAAACGAGUGCCAGGAGCAGAGGUGUGAGUGGCAGUGUGUCAACCUGCCCGGCUCUCACCGCUGCAUCUGCCCCAGAGGAUACACCCUCCACAGAGAUGGGAAACGCUGCCAGGACAUUAACGAGUGCAGUCGGAGGAAUGGCGGUUGUUCCCACCUGUGUCUGAACCAAAGAGGUGGAUAUAAAUGUGCCUGUCCGCCCCCCCAUCGCCUGUCCCCUUACAGCUGGAAGAAAUGUGUACCAAGGGCCACAGCGACCACUGCAGGCUGAGGUGGAAAACACAAGUGACAUGUCAUGGCUGCCGGGACACUUCCACUAGUCAUUAAAAUGUAAUUUAAGUGAUGCAUUGUAAAACACAACUCAAAAAAUUAUGAUUUUCUUAUGCUGCGUUUUCUUAUAUUCCGAUAUCAAUUUGUUUCUGAAUAUAUAAUAUUUGUUAUCCCUCUUAUGAAUGUUUUUUUUUGACAUAUUUAAGUAUGUGUUAAAUAAAUAACAAAAAUUAAAUGGUCCAACCCUUAGAGCAGCAUGUGGAGCUCUGAUUGGCUAGCUGUUGUACGUUGGCAGGAGUCUCACCAAUCAGAGCUCCUAGUACGGCUAAUGUCCAAAAGCCAAAUACAUAAAUAAGUUCAUGAUAGGCUAGAACCGUUAUUGCUCAUUGACUUUAUUACUGUCUGAACAUAUUUUAAAUGACAUAAUAAAGAUACCUUUGGGAUGGAGAUGAAAGGGAACUGCAUUGUAAAUAAAUGGAUCAUCUGCAUACUGUUUUAUAAAAGUUAAAUAAAUCAUAAUGACAGAAUAAUUUUUAAAUACCUCUAUUUUUCUUUUAUUGGUUUUAUGUCAAUGAUAUGAGUACGAGUCUGCAUUAAAAUAUAUGAACAUUU